ACUCCAAAUUUCCUCAAACCAUAAUUAAAUAUUCUAAAUCCCAAAAGGCCCUUUUACCUAUAUACACACUUUUAUAAUUUCCAUAUGCACCUAACAACGUAAGAAAUACUUUACUAUCCCCACUUUUCUUCUAAUCCAUCAUCUCAUAUCUUCCUAUACAAUUCUCACUUCAAACCAUAACCAAAAAUUUAAAUCAUCAUUAAUUUCCAUCAAAACCAAAACCAUCAUGGUUCCUCAAAGUAAAAUACAAUUAAGGAUCCUCAAUUGGAUCUUAUUGCUUAUUUUUGUUACUAUUCCAAUUCAAGCUAUAGAAUCAAGAAAACUUGAUGAGAAUUGCACACCAUGUGGUUACACUCCAAUAUCAUCACCACCACCAAUAAUAUACAAUUCACCACCACCACCACCAGUAUUAAUAUAUCCAUCACCACCACCACCAUCGCCGUCACCGCCACCAAUAGUGUACUAUUCACCACCACCACCUUCACCUAAAAAAUCACCCUCAGUGUAUUGUCCUCCACCACCAUCAACACCAUACAUAUACAUGACCGGACCGCCGGGGAACUUGUAUCCGGUCGAUGUGAAUUUCAGCGGAGGAGCUGCCCCGGCUGGCCGUGGGAGUUUCGCCGCUUUCUUGCCACUUUUGGUUUGCUUGUUGAGCUUUCUAGUCUUUUGGUGAUCAAAUUCAACAUAUGACUAGAAGAAUUAUCGUUGAUUAUUAAGAAUACAUGUAUAAGGUAAGAGGCAAGAGAAUUUAGUACUCAAAAUUUAGUGUUUAACAUGUUCCAUAUGCUUUGGUUAAUAUGUGAUCCCAAUUUGUUGAUCAUAUAUACUUAUUAUCCUUUUCUUUUUGUAGUUUCUUUAAACCAAUAAAUUUUCUGUGCCAUAUAGAGAAAGUAAUAAAUUUAUGUACUUCUUAAAUUUUUAUGUAACUUUUAAUCUUUGUUUUUUAGUCGAUAUAUUCAAAGAAAUAUCAACCGUUGGAUAGGUCGUUUAUUUGCA